UGUAUCAUGUAACCUAUUUGUUUGAAAAAGUUUACGUUUUCUGUUAUUUUUUAUUUUUAUUGAAUUUAAAAGAAGUGAAAUGGAUCCAGACGAAGUAGAAUUUCUAGGCGAAAAACAGCUCGUAACAAUAAUUCCAACAUUCAACAGCGACGUUAUUCAUUUAAUAUCUGGCGAUGUGGGGCCAUUUCGUGCAAGUCUUCCAGUUAAAGUACCCCUAUGGAUGGCGAUAAAUUUGAAACAGCAGCAAAAGUGCAAAAUUCAGCAGCCAGACUGGAUGGAAGUGGAAAAAUUAGAAUCUAUUAAAGAAGAUGAGAAAUCAUCAAAGACUUUUACUAAAAUGCCCAGUGAGCACUAUAUGGUAGAAGCUAAAUUGUUACUGGGUUGUGCCUCAGACGACAUACCCAGAGCAGACGAAAUAAGGACAAUAAUAAAGGACAUCUGGGAUAUUAGGACGACUAAAAUUCGGUCGUCUGUUAUCGAGUUAAUACAGAAAGAUGGAUCUUACGCAGCUGUGGACCAUUUAACCAUCAUGGAAAUUAACUCCAUCAGGCCUAUAUUACCUCACGCUUUGGAUCAGAUGUAUAGGAUAAAAGCGUCUGAAAAGCGUCCUGGUGUGCAAACUCAAGGAACUUCUACUUUUCUUUCUAACACAGAUAACUCUACUACUUUUGCUACAACUAGCCAUGUAACUUAGAUAAUUUAUUGUACUUUUAUAAUUUUUAAUAAAAUAUUUUCUUUAAU